AUGUCGUCUGUGGUAAAUAAUGGAUACAAAGGGACCGCAAGGAACAGUAUUAAAUCAUUUCAAGAAAAGAUGAUCAAGUUGAAAAGUGAUUUAAACGAAACAGAGAACAAAAUUAAACAGCAUAAACAGGAAACGCUUUCUGCAAGAUGGAGAGAACACGAAGCCAAACUCAAACUGAAGGAGAUGUCUGAAAAGAUCUCAGAGAAAGAAGAAAAGAUCAGAAAGAUCGAGGACCGCAUUCAUUACCAGAACGGGCGAAGGAAAGAGAUAGCGGAAAAAUACCGAGAAAACGGGCGAGUUGCAAAUGUGUUGGAAGAAUCCACGAUCAAUGUAGAGGAAAUGAUGCGUAAACUUCACGAAUCCCAGCAGCGCGUAAUGGAAUUAAGGAAAAUGAACAAGGGAAUGUCGCAGGUUGUUGCAAUUCUGGAGCCUAAAAUUGAAAAAGCGGAGCAACGCGAACAGAAAGCUCUUAACCGUGCGUUUUUGAUAAAUCAAAAGUUGUCUGUUCAUCGUUACCUAGCAGCCAAAAGGCCUGAAGGAAUGUUGUCUCCUGAAGAGGAACUUGUUCCACAAUCCGACCAAGAAGCCAAAGUUAUAAGCAUACAAGAGAAAAUAAGAGGGGCAAUUUUACGGAGGCGAGAAGCCGAAAAGAAGCGAUGCACUUUGGAGAGAAAAAUUCAGGUUAUGGAAAAGGCGCUGGAUAACUUCAAGAGAAGAAAUCUGGAGUUUCAAACUAGCAAAAGGGAGCUUCUUAGUUCAAACUUUUUAUAA